AUGCCUCGAAUAACCAAAAAGCAGAAGGAAGCCGGUAAGGCUCCCAAGCCAAAACCACAAGGAAAGGCCAGAUCAGGUGGUUUUCAGGUGAAACCUUCACGAGCACCAAAAGAUGCUUAUAUGGGUAAAGCUCAAAAGAUAAAAGCCGACCUGAUCCAACGAGCCAAAAUGAAGAAAUCAUAUGCCAAAAUACUAAAAGCAGAGGGCAUGGAUUCGGGGAGAUUAGGCGAUGGCUCGAGACGUAGGAAUGAGAGAUCAUCCGAAUCAGAAUCGAAAUCCAAUGGGAGAUGGAAAGGGAAGGGUAGAGGUGGGAACGAAGAAGAUCGGAGAGUUGUAGACGAGGAGCAGAAGAGGUUAGAAGCUAGAGCUGGACCUGCACCUGGAUCUGGACACAGCUCAGGAUCGAGGCCCGAAAAAUCAUUCAAAUUAAACAGAUCCAGAUCGAAUAACUCGUUACGCGAUAAACCACCUCAUCAGGCCAACAAACCUUCACCACCAAAGAAAAUACGGGCUUUAUCCCUAUCGCCUCCUCCACCUCCUUCUACCACACAGAAUGUACCGGCUGAGAAGAAGUCGUUCAGAGAGCUGAAGAAGGAGGCUUUCUCGAAAUAUCAUCAACCGAAAGAUGCUCUUUCUGCAGGAGGUACGGUAGGAAACCGUAGUAAGAGAGGUCAACCGAAUAUGAAUGCUAGAAUGGGGCUGUUAUUGGAGAAGAUAAAGGGCAAUGUCAAGUAA